AUGGAGCGGAAUAAGUUGGAUCAUACUAGGGCUAGGGUUAUGUGUUUUUCAACAUGUAAGUUUCAUUUGUAUGCAUCGAAGAUCACACACGAGGAUACUUGGCAGCUGAAACCUGCCUACCUUAUUCACAGUUUUACAAGAAGCCAGAAGGUUAGAAUGCUUAAUUCAAAAUGGCUUGCUGUUAAGUUGGUUCCCAAAUUGAGAAGGAAUCCUAAAAUGAAAUUGAGAGAAAUAAUUAUGAAAGUCCAGGACAAAUAUGUAGCUUCUAUUAGUCUAGGUCUUGCUACCAUAGCAAGAAAGAAGGCUAUGGAUGUUGUUCAAGGUAGUCAUAAAGAACAAUUUAGAAGGUUGCAUGAUUUUUGUGGUGAAGUAUUGAGGUCUAACCCUGGGAGCUCUUGUGGUGUUUCUGCUACACUUCAACCUGUUGAGAGUCCAUCAAGAAGCUUGAUAGCCAUGUUUGAUAAUAUCUAUAUAUGUUUAGAAGUAUGCAAGAAAUCAUUUGCUUCAUGCAAGCCAAUAAUAGGAGUAGAUGGAUGCUUUUUGAAAGGUGUAUAUGGGGGCCAACUUUUAACUGCAGUAGGCAGGGACCCUAAUGACCAAAUGCUCCCCAUUGCUUUUGCUGUUGUUGACAAGGAAACAAGGGCAACUUGGAGAUGGUUUCUUGGUCAACUACUAGAAGAUAUUGGGUCACACACCACUAAUAGAUGGACUUUUGUUAGUGACCAACAAAAGUGUAUGACUUUUUCAAGGGCUUGGCUGAAGGAACUAAUGUGGAAGGCUGCUAGGGCAACCUACCCCCAAGAAUGGAUGAGGGUGAUGAGAGAGAUAGAGCAGAUAAACCCAAAUGCUUAUGCAAUGCUCAUGGGUAUUGAACCUAGAUUUUGGACUAGGUCUCACCUCAAUGGUCAUCCAAAAUGUGAUACCUUAGUCAACAACAUGUCUGAGACAUUUAAUAGUGUCAUAUUGGUUGCUAGAGAGCUUCCUAUUUCCUCUAUGAAGGAGAUGUGGUCUGGGAACUCAAAAUUUGUUGUGACUUCAAUGCAAGAUACCUUCACAGUUGACCUAGAUGAUAGAGAGUGUAGUUGUAGAUUGUGGGACUUGACUGGUAUUCCAUGCGCUCAUGCAAUUAGUUGCAUCAACUUCAAAGAGGAGUCUGUUAUAAGUUAUGUUCCAAAAUGCUUCAAGAAGGAUGCAUAUGUACAAUGUUACUCACCUCUUGUAGCUUUUCUCACCACAAAGAUCACAAUCUCUCUUACUCAACUUAUUCAGCAGAUACACAUCAUAAGUGUUGAUUUCGUUCUGUUUCUUGGUAGGCAUACUGUUGUUCUUCUGUAUCUCAGGUCCGACAAUUACAAUGAUUUGCUUUUGAACAUGUCAAAUAAUUUUUUGAUGGUUUCUGUCUACAAUUUUUAUAUUUCUUUUGACUUUUGCAAUCAGUUGCUUUGGCGAGCAAACACAUAUGCUAAGCAAACUUAG